AUGCAUUGCGGAAGGUACAUUAUCUAUAAUAGAUACCAGUCGAUCUACCGACCUAUGGCUAAAAAGGAAAUGGCAGAACACAAAGUCGGUAGAUUCAAAACCAUAGGCCCAGCCAAAGUACAAGAACCUAAGCCCAGUCUCUUUUUACGGUCCCACACAUGCCUUAAUCUGCACAGAAACGCCGACCCCAGCAAUCAAGAAAACAUUUGCCCAGGGAAGAAGCCACCAUUACCCGACUUUCACCACAAGCCAAAGAUCGAAAGGCCCAACGAGCUAAACGUUAUAAAUCGAAAUAGACUUCUGGCAAUUUUAUCUGAACCCAAACAGCACGCACCAAUAAUUGUUGACUCCAAAAAUGGCCAUAGUUAUAACCUAAAUGGAUCAGGCCUUACAAAAGACUACCUCUACAAAAAGCGUCUCUCCGUUAUCAUUGACACUUUGCAUAAGAGACAAAAGAAGGUACAGCUGGAAGAGACGUUGAGUGAGCUCGAAAAGGAUAUUAAAACCAUCGAAGAACACGAAUUUAUCUACGUGAAGGAGUAA